CUCGCGUGCACACUUCACUAGUUUGCCGAGCUCUCACGGUGACUGCAAGUUGCGCAACUCCCCUUAUUUGGAUAAUGUAGAUCACGUGGUUCUCAGUACCUACAAUUAGCAGUAGUGGUGUGUUUUAGGAAGACAGAGUGAGAGAUCGUAUGUGCGAAAAGAGAGAGAGAGAGAGAGGAAGAGAGAGAAAGAGAGAGAAAGAGAGGGGGUAAAGGAAGGCGGGGAACUUUGUGUCAAACACAGAGAGAGAGAGAGAGAGAGAGAGUGAGUGAGUGGGGUGAACAGAAGAGGGUCACAUAUGCCAGAGCUGUCGGUGUGAGCUUGUGAAAAUGCCCACCAACUUCACUGUGGUCCCAGUGGAGGACAGCGUCACCUCAGGCCAGGAAGGAGAGGGUGCGGAGGGUGACGGGGACGGGGACGCUGACGCGGAAGAGGCAGCAGCUCGGGAGCUAUCUGGCAGACGCGGCAAAGGAGAUGAGAGCCCUGAGGAGGACAGCCCUUUCUUCAACAGCUAUUAUGAUGGCAAAAACAUGGCCCUUUUUGAGGAGGAGAUUGAGAGUACCCCGAUGGUGUCCUCCCUCCUCAACAAGCUGGCCAACUACACCAACCUGACCCAGGGGGUGGUGGAGCACGAGGAGCAUGAGGAUGACGACGGUGUCAAGAGGGUCACCUAUAAGGGUCCUAUGAUGGGCACCUUCAUCGGGGUGUUCCUGCCCUGCGUCCAGAACAUCCUGGGUGUCAUCCUCUUCCUACGCCUCACCUGGAUCGUCGGCACCGCCGGGAUCCUGGGCUCCUUAGCCAUCGUCUUCAUUUGCUGUGCCUGUACCAUACUGACUACCAUAUCCAUGAGUGCCAUUGCAACUAAUGGUGUUGUCCCAGCCGGCGGUGCCUACUACAUGAUCUCCAGGUCCCUGGGCCCGGAGUUCGGAGGAGCUGUAGGCUUGUGUUUCUACCUGGGCACCACGUUUGCCGGCUCCUUGUACAUCCUCGGCACUAUUGAGAUCCUCUUGACUUACAUUGUGCCAGAAGCCAAACCAUUUUCACCAGAUCAGCCGGGGGCAGAAGGCAAUAACAUGCGAGUCUAUGGCACCUGCUGCCUCGCCCUCAUGGCCCUGGUGGUGUUUGUUGGGGUGAAGUAUGUCAACAAGCUGGCUCUGGUCUUCCUGUCCUGUGUGGUACUUUCCAUCAUGGCCAUCUACGCAGGUGUCAUCAAAACCCUCAUCGAACCGCCUGACGUCCCAGUGUGUCUGCUGGGAAACAGAACCUUGCAAAGCCAGGGCUUUGACUUGUGUCAGAAAGUGAUCGUGGAGAACAACGUGUCGAGGCACACGGAACUGUGGAACAUUUUCUGCACGAACGCCUCCAUCGAAUCGACCUGCGACGAGUAUUUCAUGCUGAACAACGUCACCCAGAUCCAGGGCAUCCCAGGCCUGCUCAGUGGAGUCAUCUCAGACAACUGGUGGGGGGAGUAUGGCCCCAGUGAGAUGGUGGUGGAGAAGAGGAGCCAGCCGUCGGUGCCCGUGCCAGAGGACAGGACGGAGGGCCACACCGAGCACUACGUGCUGAAUGACAUCGCCACCUGCUUCACACUGCUGGUGGGAAUCUACUUCCCCUCAGUCACAGGAAUCAUGGCUGGGUCUAACAGGUCUGGAGAUCUCAAAGAUGCUCAGAAGUCCAUUCCCACGGGCACCAUCAUGGCCAUAGUGACUACUUCCUUCAUCUACUUUUCCUGUGUUUUGCUGUUUGGAGCCUGCAUUGAAGGUGUGGUUCUUAGAGACAAAUUUGGAGACUCGGUGGAAAAAAAACUGGUGAUUGGUCUACUGUCCUGGCCGUCUCCAUGGGUGCUCGUGAUUGGCUCUUUCUUCUCGUGCGCGGGGGCGGCUCUCCAAAGCCUCACUGGAGCCCCCCGUCUGCUGCAGGCCAUCGCACGGGACGGCAUUGUUCCCUUCCUGCAGGUCUUUGGCCAUGGGAAAUACAAUGGAGAGCCCACAUGGGCCCUGUUGUUGACGGCUGGCAUCUGUGAGAUUGGGAUCCUGAUAGCUUCACUGGACGCUGUUGCUCCAAUCCUUUCAAUGUUCUUCCUGAUGUGUUACCUGUUUGUCAACUUGGCCUGUGCUGUCCAGACCUUACUGCGCACUCCAAACUGGAGACCAAGGUUUAAAUUCUACCACUGGACGCUUUCCUUCUUGGGCAUGAGCCUGUGCCUGUCCCUCAUGUUCAUCUCCUCCUGGUAUUAUGCCCUGGUGGUGAUGCUGAUCGCCGGAUGUAUCUAUAAAUACAUCGAAUACAGAGGGGCAGAGAAGGAGUGGGGAGAUGGCAUUCGGGGACUGUCGCUCAAUGCAGCCUACUAUGCUCUUGCCAAACUGGAAGAUGCACCCACUCACACCAAGAACUGGAGGCCCCAGCUGUUGGUGCUGCUGAAGCUGGAUACAGACCUGUCAGUGAAGCAUCCGCGCCUGCUGUCCUUCACCACCCAGCUGAAGGCCGGCAAGGGCCUGACCAUCACCAGCUCCGUACUGGAGGGCUCCUACAAGACCCGAGGCUCCGACGCCAAGCACGCAGAACAGAACGUGAGGUCCGCCAUGUCGACGGAGCGGACGAAGGGCUUCUGUCACGUGGUGGUGUCCUCCAACCUGCGUGACGGCUUCUCUCACCUGAUCCAGUCGGCCGGCCUGGGCGGCAUGAAGCACAACACGGUGCUCAUGGCUUGGCCAAUCAACUGGAAGCAGGCAGACAACUCCAUGUGCUGCACAAACUUCACUGAGACCGUCCGAGAGACCACUGCGGCUCACCAGUGCCUGCUGGUGGCCAAGAAUAUCGACCACUUCCCCGCUAAUGACGAGCGGCUGGACGGAGGCACCAUCGAUGUGUGGUGGAUCGUCCAUGACGGGGGCCUUCUCAUGCUACUGCCCUUCCUGCUCCGGCAACAUAAAGUAUGGCGGCAUUGUAAAACGCGCAUCUUCACCGUAGCACAACUGGAUGACAAUAGCAUUCAGAUGAAGAAAGACCUGCAGAGAUUCAUGUACCACCUGCGUUUGAAUGCUGAGGUGGAGGUGGUUGAGAUGCAAGCAAGUGACAUCUCAGCCUUCACCUAUGAAAAGACCCUGGUGAUGGAGCAGCGAUCCCAGAUGCUGAAACAAAUGCAGCUCUCAAAGACAGAGCGGGAGAGAGAGCUCCAGCUGAUCCAUGACAGGAACACGUCAGCCCACGCCUCCCAGAGUGACAGGGCCGCCACCAGCCCUGUCCACAUGACCUGGACCAAGGACAGGCUGGUGGCAGAGAGGCAGCGCAACCGCGAGGCCAGCAUGGGCGUGCGAGACAUCUUCAACAUCAAACCGGAAUGGGGAAAUCUAAACCAGUCCAAUGUGCGUAGAAUGCACACUGCGGUCAAACUGAAUGAGGUCGUGGUCAGCAAAUCUCAGGACGCUGAGUUGGUGCUGCUCAACAUGCCGGGUCCACCCAAGAGCAAGGAGGGCGAAGAGAACUACAUGGAGUUCCUGGAGGUGCUGAUGGAGGGCCUGGACAGGGUGCUGCUGGUCCGCGGAGGGGGCAGGGAGGUCAUCACCAUCUACUCUUAGCACCGUACCCACCCAGGUCUCAGCCCAGAGGAGGAGGAGGAGGAGAAGGAGGA